AUGGCGCAGGACACAGAGCCCGAGGUCAUCGGGCUGGCUUGUGGGAGCUCUCACAGCCUGGCGCUGAUCAGCACGCCUUCUGGCAGCAUGGUGCUGAGCUGGGGCCGGGGCGAGGACGGCCAGCUGGGUCACGGCGACGCAGAGGACCGGCAGGAGCCGCAGGCGGUGUUCAGCCUGCUGCACCGCGGCGCCACCAGCGUGCACUGCGGCGCCGAGUACUCCAUGGCGGUGGCGGGCGGCGACAAGCAGGUGUACAGCUGGGGCUGGGGCGACUUUGGGCGGCUGGGCACGGGGGACGUCAAGGACGUGUUCAUCCCCUGCCCCCUGCCGGCGCUGGCUGGCAGGCGGGUGGCCAGCGUGGCGUGCGGCGACACGCACACCCUGGUGGCCACCGCUGAGGGCCAGCUGUUUGCCUUUGGGCGCAACCAGAACGGGCAGUGCGGGCUAGGCAGCAUCCAGGACUGCCUGGAGCCGCAGCUGGUCACCGCGCUGCAGGGCAAGGAGGUGGUGGCGGUGGCCUGUGGUGCGGAGCACUCGAUGUGCGUGACGUCGGAGGGGGAGGUGUACUGCUGGGGGUGGGGGCGGUACGGCAACAUCGGCGACGGCGAGAGCCAGGACCGCCACCUGCCCACGCUGGCCAAGGGGCUGGAGGGGGUCAAGGUGGCGCAGGUCAACUGCGGCUGGCGGCACAGCAUUGCGGUGGAUGAGGGGGGGGCGAUGUACACGUGGGGCUGGGGCGCCUACGCGCAGCUCAUGCAGGGAGACCGCAAGGACCAUUAUGUGCCAAAGCGUGUGGAGGCGGUGCAGCAGGUGGCGACGGUGGCGGGUGGCUGGCGGCACACGAUGGCGGCGGACAGCCAGGGCCGCCUGUUUGCGUCCGGCUGGAACAAGUUCGGGCAGUGCGGCGUGGGCCACAACGAGGACGUGGUGCGGGUGCAGCAGGUGGAGGCGCUGGCCGGGGAGCGCGUGGUGCAGGUGAAGAGCGGGUGGAAGCACACAAUGGCGGUCACCCACACCGGCAAGUUCUUCUCCUGGGGCAGGAACGUGAACGGGCAGCUGGGGCACAGCGGCAUGCAGGACAGCAACUCGCCAGUGGAGCUGGCGGCACUGAGCCGCGGCGGCAUCAACACCGAUGCGCUCACGCGGCAGGCGCAGCCAGUUGUGCUGUAUGGCGUGGCCCCCAGCGACCGCUAUGCCGUUGUGCCUGACAGCGCGCCCGGGGCCGACGAGGUGCCCUCGGUGCCAGAGGCUGCCACGGUGCCGCAGGCCGGCGCCGUGCCGGACUCCAAGCGUCAGAAGGUGUGA